AUGGGUUUGUCGAUCUCAUACCCACCGGAUGACUACCUGCCAGCGGAUGAUGAAAACUCAGACAGGUUGUUCGUUCGGUCCUUCAGCUUCGACAACCUCAGCACCCUGGAGACCCUGGAGUCACCACCAUCAUCCAGGAAGGUUGCGGUAAAAGGGUCCUUAAACAGCAGGAGAAGAGAGGGUAAUCCAUUGCACGUUGAAACUAUGAUAUCCAUGGUUAGUCCUAAACCUGACAAGGAGUGUUGCAACCACAAGCACAGUCAUGGCCUGCCAAAAUAUGGGCCCACCGACCUGCCACCAAAUUCUCCGGUGGUCGGGAUGGUCAGCCCGCAGCACCAGGCUGCAGCAGUAAGGUUGCAGAAGGUGUACAAGAGUUUUCGAACAAGACGGCAACUUGCAGAUUGUGCUGUUCUUGUUGAACAACGGUGGUGGAAACUACUCGAUUUCGCGCUGCUCAAGCGCAGUUCGGUGUCAUUCUUCGAGGACGAAAAGCCGGAAUCUGCCCUCUCAAGAUGGUCUCGUGCGAGAAUAAAGGCUGCCAAGGUAGGCAAAGGUCUGUCCAAGGAUGAAAAGGCUCAAAAGCUCGCACUUCAGCACUGGCUCGAAGCAAUUGACCCUCGACAUCGGUAUGGUCACAACCUCCAUUAUUACUACCAAAGUUGGCUUCACUGCGAUAGUCAACAGCCUUUCUUCUAUUGGUUGGAUGUAGGUGAAGGAAAGGAGGUCAAUCUUGAGGACCACUGCCCGAGAUGGAAGCUGCUGCAGCAAUGCAUCAGGUAUCUUGGUCCUAAAGAGAGGGAGUUUUACGAGGUAACAAUCGAGAACAGGAAGAUGAUGUACAAGGUGAGCCGCAGGAUUAUCGACACGUCUGAGGGCCCGAAGAAUGCAAAAUGGAUCUUUGUGUUGAGCACAACAAGAGUUCUGUACAUCGGCACGAAGAGCAAGGGCACAUUUCAGCACUCCAGCUUCCUCGCCGGUGGUGCCACAUCUGCUGCAGGGAGACUAGUCGUGGAGAACGGAAUCCUAAAGGCUGUCUGGCCUCAUAGCGGGCAUUACCGGCCUACGGAGGCGAAUUUCCGGGAGUUCAUGAAGUAUCUCAGGAAGAGGAACGUCGACUUCACCAAUGUAAAGUUGAGCCCGUCAGAAGGCGAGGAGGACGAGUGGAUCAGGCAGAGCAGCAGCCUCUCCCAGAUGGUCCUAACUCCAGAGAGCAGCCAGCAAGAGAAGCAAGAAGACCCCAAGCUCCAUCCCCCUGACGCCGACAACGACAAAACCAAGGCAACCGCCACGCCGGCCACGCCGCCUUCCACCCGCGCCGAGACGGGGUCGCCGACGAUGAAGCGAUCCUCGUCGGGCACCCGGCUGCAGCGGAAGCGGCCGCCGAGGCUGACGCUGAGCAAGGACGGGCUGGGCGGCGGCAGCAAGGCGGAGCAGGGCGCGGGGGCGUUCGGGGACUGCCUGGACUUCUGCAAGGAGAACCUGUUCAGGGGUCAUGGCGGCGAAGCGGAGGGGGAAGAGGAGGAGGAGGUGGUGGUGCCGCAGGAGAAGAUCAUGCACCGGAUCAACUCCAAGAUGGCGCACAGGUCGUACCAGCUCGGGAAGCAGCUGUCGUCCCGGUGGACCACGGGCGCCGGGCCCCGGAUCGGCUGCGUCCGCGACUACCCGCCCGAGCUCCAGUUCCGGUCGCUGGAGCAGGUCAGCCUCUCUCCCCGCGGCGGCGGCGGUAUGCCCAGGAUUGGCGGAGGGACGCCCGGCCGGCAGAGCCCCUCCUGCGCGCCGCCAUUCACGCGCACGGCAUCGCCGCUUGGUGCGGCCGGGACUCCCACAUAAUACUAGGAUCGGAACGCACCGAAUGGUCGGUUCUCGUCAGGUGAAUAUAGGGGGGGUUGUAUCUAAAGC